AUGUCAACAAUCAGCAUUUCAGGAAUAGCGAUACCCCGCCUAUGCUUCGGAGUGGGAACCCUCAUGAAGUGGGCACCUGGCCACACUCAUCCACUUCCUACGGACAGCAGCGUCGAAAUUCAACAAGCGAUUGACGCGGGGUUCCGUCACUUCAACACUGGUGAUAUCUACACCAACAAUGACAGCUUUGCCGAAGUCCUCCGCCGCAGCAAUCUCAAACGUUCCGAGAUCUUCCUAUCCCUUAAGAUCAACACCUACGCAUCCCUAGGAUGUCGAGGCCGCGAUCACAUGAUCCAGGCCGUAAAGCAGGAGAUUGAGCGGUUUGGGAUACUAGAGGGCUAUGUCGACAUCCUACAGCUGCACUUCCCGCCCCGCGGUUAUGAUGGGAACAUGACCAAUCGCGAUGCAUGGCAUGUGCUGGAAGAUCUCAAGGAUGAGGGAGUUGCUCGCAUUAUUGGUGUAUCGAAUUGGACCUUGCCCGACUACCAUGACAUCUUCAACGCCAGCGACCUCAAGCACCCUCCACAGCUCAACGAAUACGAGUUCAAUCCUUUCUUGCUGUCUGAUCCCAAGGUCCGGCAACUCCGCGAGUUCGAAAUCAAGCACAACGUUGUCCCAAUGAACUAUGGCCUUUUGACAGCCGUCAGCGGCCGCUUGCCCACUAAAGACAGCACAGCAUUGUUGCAGAAGUUGAAAGAGCAGGCGAAGCAAACGAGGCUGUCCACAGCUGAUCUGCUGCUCAGCUGGGCAUACUACCGACUUGAUGGCAUUGUCGUGACAUCUACAUCGAAGGCAGACCGCGCUAAAAAGACCUUCGAGCUCCUUUCGGCUAAGCAAGCGCCUGUUAACGGUCAGAUCUACGAGGAGAUUGAGAAGGCGGCAACGCUGGAUGGUCCUGAAGGUUUCCAAACAAAGUAUCUCCAAGCAAAAAUUGCCAUGUCUCUUCUUGUGCUCUUUGGUUCUCUCGCGCUCCUUGCCAUCAGCUGGCUGCUGAGCCACAUCCUUGCAUGUCUUUCACUCCCUGAAGCGUACGGGCCUGCACUUGCCAGAUGGACUGAUGCAUGGUACAUCUGGAAAAUAUGGCAGGGCAAGUAUGAGGCGUACGACAUCGAAGCACAUAAGGCUGGCUCCAGGAAAAUCGUUCGCAUCGGGCCUCGCAUGUACAGCAUUGAUGACCCGGCCAUGGCUCGCGUAAUCUAUGGUAUCUCAUCUCCCUUGCCAAAAAGCGGAUGGUACGAUGCCUGGGGAGACCCUCGCAUCCUGAACCACAAUCUCUUCAGCGCGCGCGAUCGCGCCGUGCACGGCCUCAUGCGCCGCAAAGUCGCCAGCAUGUACUCCAUGUCGACAAUCAAGUCCUACGAGCCCUAUGUUGACAGCUGUGUUGCGCUUCUUCUGAAGCGUUUCGACGAGUUCACCGAAAGUGGAGAGACGUUUGACAUGCAGCAGUGGAUGCAGAGCUAUGCAUUUGAUGUGAUUGGUGAGAUCACGUUCGGCAGACGAGUAGGUUUCUUGGAAUCUGGCGGACAAGAUAUCGACGGCAUCAUGCGAGGUCUAGAAGACGCCAACGCGUUCUGUACACUUUCGGGCGUCAACGCCGUCUUGUUACCCAUACUUCUCGUCCUUUAUGGUAACCCUAUUCGUGGUAUCGCAAGUUUUGCGCGAAAGCUCCAAUCCGAGAGCGAUGAUAUCGACAUCAAGGAAAAGCAUGGCGGAGAGACCUUCCUGACAAAAGUUCAACGACUACAGAAGGAAUACCCGGAGGAAUUCGAAAGAUUUCGUGUUCGAACGCUUACUUUGACAGGAAACGUUGCAGCUGGAAGUGACACCACGAGCAUUUCUCUAACCAGUGCGAUUUACCAUCUUCUCACCACAAAUGGUGUCGCAAAGAGCAUGUACGAAGAGCUAGAUUCUCAAGGCUUCUGCUCUAGCCUCGAUGAACACAUCACUUUUGACCAAACCCAGCAACUUCCGUACCUCCAGAUGGUCAUCAAAGAAGCCCUGCGACUCCAUCCAGCCGUCGGCUUGCCCAUGUGGCGCGAGGUCGUAGGGUCCGGUCUGGACGUCGAUGGAACCCAUUUUCCGGCUGGGCGCAUCGGAACGCAAAAGUCUUUGGCACAAACGCCGCAGACUUCAUACCAGAACGGUGGGAUCCCCAACACGCCUCCUCGGAGACGUUAG